UGUUUUCCAUUAAUUGGGUACAGUAUGUGAUUUUUUUUCAAAUGUUAUGCAAAUAGUUCCUAUAGUUAUAAAAAGCUCCGAAUGUGUUACAGUGGACGAUGGAUAUUUUUGAAUUCUAUACAUUCCAUAACCAAAUUCAAUUGGAUUAAAUUUUCACAAUUCCAAAGUUUUAUUAUUCGAAAUACUGAACCAAAAGUCAAAACAGCUUAGCGAAAAAUUUCGAAAAUCUACACUCCCCAUUGCCAAAUUUGGUGGAAAAUAGCUAAUUUUCAGGACGAUCGAAACACAAUCGAAAACUGCUCUUGUCCUGAGUCACCUAUUGAGUUUCAGCGACUGGAAAACUUAGUGUCUAUUCUGAGUCAGGAGCUUUAUAUGGUUUGCGCAAAACGUUCUCAUUUUAGAUCAGCACCGUCCAGCUUCUAACUUAUUUAAGAUCGUCCAUAUUUUUAUCUCAGUCAGUCGAGGGUGUCUCAUAGAGAGUUAAACAUCAACGACAAAAUGGCGGAUAAGGAGAAGAAGGUUAAGAAGAAGAAGAAGGAAGACGCAGGAGAAGCUCCUGCUGCCGCCCCUGCUCCAGCUGCCGAAUCCAGAGCCUCAUCUAAGAGUUCAUCAAAGAAGGCCAAACGCUCUGGAUCCAAUGUUUUCUCUAUGUUCUCCCAGGCUCAAGUUGCCGAGUUCAAGGAAGCUUUCCAACUUAUGGACCACGACAAAGAUGGUAUUAUCACCAAACCUGACUUGAGGGCCACCUUUGACGCAGUCGGUAAAAUCUCCACUGAGAAAGAAUUGGACGAGAUGCUCAAUGAAGCACCUGGACCACUCAACUUCACCCAAUUGUUGGGUCUCUUCGGUAACCGCAUGGCUGACUCCGGAGGCACCGACGAUGAUGAAGUUGUAGUUGCUGCUUUCAAAUCUUUCGAUGAUAACGGUACCAUCGACAGUGAAAAGUUCAGGCACGCCUUGAUGACUUGGGGAGACAAAUUCUCUGCCAAGGAAGUUGAUGAUGCCUUUGACGCCAUGGACAUCGAUGACAACGGCAGAAUUGACACCGCAGCCCUUAUUACUCUGCUCACCGCCUCCCAGGAAGAAGGUGAAGAAGGAGGUGAAGCCGCCUAAGACUUAAAACUCAACUAGAAUUAUAAAAAUCAUUUUAAUUAUUAAGUUCAUCGUUGUAGAUGGUACGGCUCAGCCAACCUAUUUUGUCAACUCUCCUAUAACGUGCACUCUCUUCUCUUGUGUGUAAUGAAAACUUGAACUUGUUAUUCACAUAGUUUCGUACAAGAAAUCUCAAUUGAAUGGAUGUAAUUUGAAGCAUACACAAUGACAACGUACUUAAAAGUCGCUAGGACCACAUAACAACGUGUGCGACUGCAAAUAAAUCAUAUUUUGUA